GUGUAAUUUUCUGAAAUUUGAAUGCAGGUUGCCCUGGAGCAAACUUAUAAGAACACUAGAAAAAUGCUUGUCUUUUUUGUGGCUUAGUUACUGAGGUGUCUUAAGUUGUUUUAUGGGUUAAAAGUUGAAGUCACUGGUGCAUAUAUAUCAGACAGGCAGCAUUUGUUAUGUAAGGCAUUCUGCUUCAGUCAAACUCUAGCCUGACCAGUGACCAACACAAAAGAGCAGAAGAUCCAAUGAAACAGAGGUUCCAAAUGGAUGCACAGUAUUGCAGAACCCUGUUUCUCCUAGUGAUCAUUUUUUCCUUUACUCGCUCUGUGACGCAAGCCUAUGAUUACACGGACCUUGAGGCCUACCCCUUACUUUCCGUUGAGUGUCCCAAAGAAUGUGUAUGUCCCUCUAGUUUUCCACAUGCUAUAUAUUGUGACAACAAAGGCCUGAAACAAGUACCACUCAUCCCAGCAAGAACUUGGUAUUUAUAUUUACAAAAUAACCUCAUAGAAUCCCUCAAUGAAGAAUCCUUUGCUAAUGCUACUGAACUAAAGUGGAUUAACUUGAAUAGGAACAAGUUAACCAACAAAAACAUCAGUAAAAACUUGCUGAAAAAUUUAAAAAGCUUACUUUAUUUAUAUUUAGAUGACAAUGACCUAGAAGAAGUACCAGCACCACUGCCAGAAAGCAUAGAACAAAUUCGAUUGUCAAGGAAUAAAAUCUCAAAGGUUCCAGAAGGUGUCUUCAUUAAAUUAGGGAAUUUGACUUUAUUAGACUUGCAUCACAAUCAGCUCACAGAUAGUUCCUUUCAAGCAGAUGUUUUUAAUGGCCUAAAUAGUCUUAUGCAACUCAACUUGGCUAAGAACUCUCUCAAGAAAAUGCCACCAGGUCUUCCUCUUAACACCGUUCAACUGUAUUUAGAUAAUAAUAACAUUGAAGAAAUUCCAAAGAACUACUUCAGUGGAAUACCAAGAAUAACUUUUAUUCAGUUAAACUACAACAAGUUAUCAGAUACAGGUGUUCCAGACAAUGUAUUUAACGUAUCAUCUAUAUUAGAUUUGCAAUUGUCUUACAAUGAGCUGACAUCUGUGCCCAUUGUCAAUGGCCAUUUGGAGCGUCUUCACCUUGAUCACAACAAGAUAAAAAAUAUAAAUGAAACUAUUUCUUGUCCUGAAGCUGUCAAAGAAGAAUUUGACCCACACUUUCCUCAGGCACCCCGUCUCCGUUAUCUGCGCCUGGAUGGGAAUGAUAUUCAGCCACCUAUCCCACUAGAUCUAAUGAUAUGUUUUAGGCUCCUUCAAACUGUUGUCAUUUAGAAAUCUCUGGUGCUGCAGGUUUUGCUGGAAUGAAACUUGCAAACGCCUACUAGAUUAUCAUCAUGACUUUUUGUUUUAACAGGGGAAUUUAAGCUGUGGUUUGAUUGGUUACAAAUGUGGUUUUAUAGUUACAUAUGUAGUAGAAGUGGAAGGCAGAGUGCAAAGUGCAAAACUUGGGCACAAUCUGAUUUUCUAUUCCAUUUUGCAUCCUGUCUUCCACUUCAGUUAUAUUGAAUGCAUUGGGCAGAGCUGUAUUUGUGAGGGGCGGUUGGUGGAAGGCAUGUCAUUGCCCCUUGCCCUUAACUUGCAUGCUGUACAGACACACAAGUAAGAGAACGGCAGCAGAUGCAGGCUGCAUUAAUGCUUUGUACUUAUUGCCUGCCCUAUAGCAGUAGGCAAAGACAAGACAGGCCUGUGCCACCAACACUGUACUCUGCACCUUGUACUGGAUUUAUAUAUCCCACAUGAAGAGCAGAGGGCAGCCAAACCCCGUACAGAAGUGCUUUAUGCAAGAUCAACCUUGUUACUGCCCUUGCACUUCUGCCCAGGGUCUUUGUAAAUGACCCGUAUAAUCUUAAAUCCAUGGUGUCUCAUUUAUUGCCUAAUUCCCGGCAUCUUAUGUAUGUGUGUCCAUAUUAAGACCAGUGCAAUGCCUUUUUGUAUCCACAGAUUCGCACUGCAUCAUUUUUAAAUCUAGAAGUAAAACAGUAUGAGAAUCAUUCACUUCGUAUAGAUAUUUGUAUUUUAAUACUGUACAAGAAAGAUUGAACAACAUGCAGGAACUACGUGUUAUGAGCCGGAGAACAAGGUUAUAACACACUACAUUAAUUCAAUUAACCACUGACUAAUGCUCAUGUAUCCAUGUAAUAUUUGGUUUAUAUAGUAUAGUAUGUACAGAUGUCAAUUUUGGAACCGAAAACAAUAAAAUCUGAUUUUAAAAAAUUG